AUGCCAGCUGAUUCCCCAGUGCGGCCGACGCGUCGUGCGGCGCGCAAAACUAUCGUGGUCGAAGAAUCUGAUGACGAGCUUAGCUUCAUCAAAGAGGACAACGAUGAAGAGUUCACACCCGCUCCCAAAAGAAGUCCACGGAAGUCGACAAGAAGACAGACCAUGGCGAGUGUCAGCUCAUCACCUAGAAAGUCGGCGAGAGGUCGCAGAGUGAAGACGGGCGAAGAAGGCAUUGAGCCCUCGCCGACGUUUGACCCAGAAGAAAGCGUGACCCCCAGCGAACCUACAUCGUCCACUAAGAGCCCAUCGCCACGAAAACGCAAGAGCACGGCUCCCCGAAAAGGACGAAGAUCGUCAAUAACUCCCCCAGUCCCUGCGUUACCCCCUCCUGCGGUGUCGGCCUCUCCAGAGCCUGAACAAGUUCAGUGUACACCACUGAAAGACAUCACCGGCAAGGUUUUGAACAAGACUGCCCAACCACAAUUGAAUCAAGAGAUGCUCAAGACAACAUGCGCAAUGGAUGUACCUUUGGAAAAACCAAUGGAUAUUGUGGUACGAGCGAAAGCCCAGGCAGCAGAACCAACGGGAGAGGAGCCAACAAGACCAAAAUCUAGGAUGGUCAUCAAACAACUAGUGAUGACCAACUUCAAAAGUUAUGCUGGACGGCAGGUUGUCGGUCCUUUCCAUGUGUCGUUUUCUGCUGUGGUUGGACCCAAUGGUUCUGGUAAAUCUAAUGUGAUCGACUCUCUACUUUUCGUCUUUGGUUUCCGAGCGAGCAAAAUGAGACAGGGCAAAAUAUCAGCACUUAUCCACAAUUCUGCACAACACCAAGACUUGGAAUAUUGUGAAGUCGAGGUCUACUUCCAAGAAAUCAUCGAUUUACCCGGAGGAAAACACGAAGUGGUUCCCGAUUCACAGCUUGUGAUUUCCCGGAAAGCGUUCAAAAAUAAUUCCAGCAACUACUAUUUGAAUGGCAGAAGUACAAACUUCACCACUGUGACAACACUGCUGAAAGACAAAGGUAUCGACCUGGACCACAAACGAUUUUUGAUCUUGCAAGGCGAAGUCGAGUCGAUUGCCCAGAUGAAACCAAAAGCAGCCAAUGAGCAUGAUGAUGGAUUGCUCGAGUAUCUGGAAGACAUCAUCGGAACCUCGAAGUACAAGACUCCCAUCGAAGAAGCAGCUGUCGAGCUCGAAAGUCUCAACGAGGUCUGUAUCGAGAAACAGGGACGUGUCCAACAUGUUGAAAAAGAAAAGAAUGGCCUUGAAGAUAAGAAGAACAAAGCUUUGGCAUUUAUUCGAGACGAGAACGAGCUGGCAGAGAAACAGUCUGCACUGUACCAAAUCUACAUGGCCGAGUGCGAGGACAAUAACAAGGUGACCGAGGAGGCCAUCCAACAAAUCCAGGAACAACUCAACGCCGAACUCGAAAAGCACGCUGGAAACGAGGAGGCUAUCCAAAAACUCGAAACCGCUUACCACAGCGCCAUCAAGCAGUAUGAACGCGUCGAAAAACAAGCCCAGGCGCUCACCAACGAACUAGCUAAAUGUGACAAAGAAAAUGUCAAAUUUGAGGAAAAGCGAAAAUUCAUCAGCGGGAAGCAGAAAAAGGCGGAUAAGCUUGCCACGUCCAGCCGACUGGGGGCUUCUGAAGCUCAAAGUCUGGUUGAAAAACACGCAGAUGACAUUCAGCGAAAAGGCGCCGAAGUUCUUGAUCUCGAAAAGAAAAUGCAGCGAGAGGAGCAGGAGCUGGCUCUGAUUAGGGAUAAUCUCAAAGGCAAGACUCAGGGUCUAUCGGACCAGAUUGCCGCCAAGCAGAAGUCUUUGGAACCCUGGAGCGAGAAGAUUAAUCAGAAGCAGUCUGCAAUAGCGGUGGCUCAGUCGGAGCUCGACAUUCUCAAAGAGAAAGCGAAUAGCGGACAAAAAGCCAUUGACCAAGCCAACGCGAAGAUUGAAAUCAUCGAAUCCAACAGAUCGGAGAAGCUCGAAGAAAUAGAGCAACGAAAGCAUGAAAAAGCACGUUUAGAGAAGGACGUCAAGAAGAUCCAAGAUGCUCUACAAAAACUUGCUGCGAGUGAGCCAGAAGUUCGAUCACAGAUCUCUUCCGCUCGACAAAAAGCUGACGAGGCGCGUGCGAGCCUCGCGACGAGCCAAAAUCAAAGCAACGUUCUGAAAGGGUUGCUCCGUCUGAAAGAUUCGGGUCGGAUCGAUGGCUUCCACGGUCGUCUGGGAAAUCUGGGUACUAUCGAUGAGAAGUUUGAUGUUGCCAUUUCAACAGCUUGUCCUUCUCUGGAGAACAUGGUGGUGGAUAAUGUCGAGGUUGGUCAACAAUGCAUCGAGUACUUGCGCAAGAAUAAUCUUGGACGAGCCAACUUCAUCCUGCUGGAUAAGUUGGCACGUCGAGACCUCUCCCCAAUUCAAACCCCCGAAAGCGUCCCCCGUCUUUUCGACCUCGUCCGGCCCAAAGAUCAACGAUUUGCCCAAGCGUUUUAUAGUGUCAUGCAAAAUACGCUUGUUGCACAAGAUCUUGAACAAGCAAAUCGCAUUGCUUAUGGCACUAAGAGAUGGCGAGUGGUCACCCUUGAUGGGCAAUUGAUUGACGUCUCAGGUACGAUGAGUGGUGGUGGCACUCGCGUUGCGCGUGGUGCGAUGUCGUCAAAGUUGUCUUCUGAUACGACAAAGGAACAAGUGCAGAAACUUGAAAAUGAACGAGACCAAUUGGAGAAGCAAUUUGAAGCCUUUCAAGCAAGACAGAGGGAACUCGAGGCUAGUUUGCGGGAAAAGCAGCAGGAAAUACCACAGCUUGAAACAGUCACCCAGAAAAUCAAUCUGGAGGUUGAGAACUGCGUGAGGAAUCUUGCAGAUGCACAGAAGCGAGUUCAAGAUCUCAUUGCAGAACAUGCUGGCACUUCAGCUGAUCAUCCUCAGAUCAAGGAACUCGAGCGUCAGAUUGCGGCAAUGAACAGAGAGCUUGAGAAAUUGCAUGCUGAAACCGCCAGUGUGGAGGCCGAGAUUCAAGCUUUGCAAGACAAGAUCAUGGAGGUGGGCGGAAUUCAACUUCGAACGCAGAAGGCCAGAGUCGAUGGUUUGAAAGAAAGAAUUGAUAUGCUUAAUGAUGAUAUCUCCAGUGCUGAGGUGGCCAAAACGAAGAACGAAAAGCUGAAGAUCAAAAACGAAAAGGCAAAGGCGGAUGCGGAGAAGGAGCUUGAGUCAUUAUCAAAGGAUUUGGAACGGCUUGAAGAGGAUAUUGAGAAGCACAAAUCCGGCGCUGCGGAGCUGAAUGCUCAAGCAGACCAAGCUCAGGAAGAACAAGCGACGAUGAAAGAGGAAGUUGCAGCUUUGAAGAAAGAUCUCGAUGCCCACACCUCCGAACUGAACUCGACAAGAGCACUCGAGAUUGAGAUGAAGAACAAACUCGAAGAGAACCAAAAGGUUCUGGCAGACAACAACAAGAAAAGCCGUUAUUGGGCUGAGAAACUGUCCAAAUUGUCCUUACAUGAUAUUGCUGACCUGGAGGACACGCCUCAAGAUCAAGAGCGAGAACGAGAACAAGAACAACAAGAGCAGGCAGAACCUCCAAAUGACGAAGAGGAAAUGCCGGAUGCUCCUCCCGAAGUAGAUCCUGACGCGAUGGACAUCGACGAGGAAGAAGGCCGGAGCGAGAAAACAGAGUCACCGGCCAAACCGACCAGGAGGCGACUGCAAACAUUUACCCGUGAUGAACUUCUCGACAAAUCCAAAGACCAUCUUGUGGCGUCCAUUGCGGCACUUGAAGAAAAGGUCUCAAACGUUUCGAGCAUCGAUCUAUCGGUGAUUGCCGAGUAUCGCAGAAGAUGCAAGGAAGUUGUAUCCCGAACUAGCGACCUCAAAAACGCCGUCAAGACACGAGAUGCCGCCAAAGCCCGGCUGACUGAUCUACGGAACCUGCGUUUGACGCAGUUCAUGACUGGCUUCACGACCAUUUCCUCGCACUUGAAGUCGAUGUACCAGCUCAUAACACUGGGCGGCAAUGCGGAAUUGGAGCUGGUGGACAGUCUGGAUCCAUUCUCGGAGGGAAUCUUGUUUUCUGUCAUGCCGCCGAAGAAGAGCUGGAAGAAUAUUGGAAACUUGUCUGGUGGAGAGAAGACGUUGAGUUCGCUGGCAUUGGUGUUUGCCUUGCAUGUCUAUCGGCCCACUCCGCUCUAUGUGAUGGAUGAAAUUGAUGCCGCACUGGAUUUCCGGAAUGUCUCGAUUGUGGCCGGGUACAUCAAGGAGCGUACCAAGAAUGCGCAGUUCAUUGUCAUUUCGCUGCGGAACAACAUGUUUGAACUUGCGGAGCGGCUCGUGGGUAUCUACAAGGUCAAUCAUAUGACCAAGAGCGUGACGGUUGAGAAUUGGGAUUAUCUUGCCUUGGGCAUGCAGAAUCAGAAUCCGAAUCAAAUUCAGAACCAAGCGCGAGGAACAAUGACGAAUGGCGAUGGGAGAGGGACGAUGCCAGGGCCAAUUCGAUAA